UGGACGCAGCUGCCAAAAAAAAACAGAUACCUUGCGCUCAAGUCACUUGUCUGCUUGACGGAGAGGGGAAGAGUCGCGCAGUUUUCGAAGAACUCAAACAACCAAAAUCACAAUGAAAAACGGAUUUAUGUUGUUUAUGGCUUGCGCCAUAACUAUGGCUGUUGCAGUUUCUCAAGAUAAUGGGAAGGAAUUCAACCCAUCUGCCACUUUUUCUCCUCCUCGGCAAUUUGAUGCCUCCUCAACGACCGGCCCUCCUCACAAUACGACCACCCCUCAUCACAAUACGACCACCCCUCAUCCCAAUACGACCACCCCACAUCCCAAUACGACCACACCACAUCCCAAUACGACCACCCCACAUCCCAAUACGACCACACCACAUCCCAAUACGACCACCCCUCAUCCCAAUACAACUACACCUCAUCCCAAUACGACCACCCCUCAUCCCAAUACGACCACCCCUCUUCCCAAGACGACCACCCCUCAUCCCAAUACGACCACACCUCAUCCCAAUACGACCACACCAGCUCCUCAGCCUACGCCCAAGACCAACCUGACAGCUGGAAACUAUACUCUGAAGAGUGGCAAUGAUGCGUGUGCAUUGGCCAAUAUGGCACUGGAGGUCAGAGUGGAGUAUGGCACCAAAAACAAGUCUGAAGGGGCCUACAUUGUCCAACCAGGGAAGACAUCUGUUUCUGGGACCUGCGACAAGUUAAGUGUGAAGUUCACCCUCACCUUCAAAGAGGGGUCUAUUGACUUCCAGUUUCAGAAGAAUGUCUCUGAGAAACUGGUCUAUGUUAGCUCGGUUGCUGUGGAACUGACCUACCCCUUUGACCAUGCAGAUCCUAAAACCAAGUACGCAGCCAGCAACAAUUCGGUGAAGCUCUUCCCUGCAGCGAUUGGUCACUCGUACUCCUGCCGGAACCAGUCGGUGUACUUAGGAAAAGGCAUCCAUUUGGAUAUGACCCAAGUCAGGAUGCAGGCCCUUAACAUCACCAACACCAACUUUGGCCUCCCUGACCCAUGCCCUGCUGACCAGCCGGACUAUCGUGUGGCUAUAGCUGUGGGAAUCGUCCUACUUAUUCUCAUUAUCAUCGUCAUUGUGGCCUACCUCAUUGGCAGAAGGAGGAGAAUUGAUGGCUACCAGUCUCUCUAAAAUCCCAAAUCCACCAGAGCCAAAUGAGAUUUAAGAGGGAGGUAUACCUGCUAUAAUACCUGCUAUGUAAAUAAAGUGACCAAGGAUAUUUAAUCUCUUUCUCCCCUAAUAUCCUCUUGCACUCAGUUUCAGUUCUGCAGGUCUGGCACGUUUUGUGCCGCAGAUUGUAGAGAGGGGACACCAUUUUGAUUUAAAGUUUACUUAUACGUGCGAAAGACCUAGGUGAGUGGGUUGCAGUUCUGUUAAAAGCCUGAAGGGAACAAAAUUUCAAGGGACCAUGCAGCCCUCAAGAACACGUCUAGCCUGGCUGCCUCAAGAAUACAUGCUUUACCACUACACCAGUAAUUCUGUUACUUUGAAACCAACGUAUGUACCAAACAGCAUUUGCAUACAGUUCCAUUUAUUCUCUUUCCGCAGCCCACAUUUGUAAUCAAUGAGCAUCCGCAACCACUAACUGGUCUCCACAAUACUUCCAUCACUGAUUUAUUGUAUGUUUUUGUUUGUGAACUUAAUGGGAGAAAUUUGUCUGUUUCCUGUUGUGCUUGGAAUCAUAUGCAAUAUUUGACUAAGCUAAUGGAUGCAGUACAAAGACUUUAAUGAUUUAUCACUGAAUACAGUUCUUACAAACUGGAUACAACUAAUUAGAAACAAACAAAAUUCCAUGAGUACAGCUGAUUUUAUACAAUGGCAUUUCUGACAACUUGAUUUGAAUUUCAGAGAUACGUCAAAAUGAUUGAUCUGUGUUUUUUUUAAAAAACCAUCUUCUGUCAGCUUGACUGAGAGAGCAUGUAAAGGUAAAGGCCUUGUGCAAUGUUCUGUUACACUGAAAUUCUUUCAUUGCCAGAUUUAUUUAUGCUUAACUCCUCAUUUGAAGUGGCUUUUACCAUAGGAUACAUAAUGCCUGGUGGAGGCUGGAAAAUGAGAAAGAAUAGGCUUACUUCAAGAUUGUUUCCAGUGACAUAAAUGGAUUAAAAUUUGCAUGCAUAUAUUGAGAUUUAUCCUUGGGUGAUGAUUAAUUGUCCUUUCUAGCACCCUAGUGAUAUCCUGUUUUCAUAAUCCAUGGUUUUAGCUUUCAUUUCUGUAAUAUCAACUUAUUUAAAUGCAGUACCUUGGGAGCCUUGGCCCUCUGAUCAUGUUUAGCAAAAUGCCUGAGUGAUGGGGAUUUUCUUGGAAAAAUAGCAUAAACCCUAAUUAUUAUACUGAAUGAAGCAUUUGAAGGAAUGCCACACAUUCUCCCUGCUUUCUGUUGUACAGGCCUGUGUCUGUGUAUGUCAACUUGAUGAAUGGAAUAUAAAUUCUAGACAAUUGGAUUUAAAGGAUUGUGAAAGGGAAGCAGCAGAAUCUUCACCUCAAUGGAUCUGUACAAGGGAUUUCAUUAGCUAGCUGUAUUCAGCUAUUUCAGCUGUAUAUCAGGUGUUUUGAUAUCUUUGGGUUCAGAUGGGCCAUAUUUAUGGAAUAUAUGUGAGUUUCCAGUGGGAUUGGUUUCCGGUUAAUACCAAUUUGUGUUUUAAAUUUCUGCUUACAAUUAAAAGAUUUUCUUUGUUCAGUUA